AUGUCCGGCAGGGCCAGGACUCGAGCCCGCGGCAGAGCGCGCGGUCGGGCGUCCCCGCAACCUGCGGCCCCCGGAGCGUCCGCGACCCGGCAACCUGGGCAAAUUCUGCCUAGACCCCAGCCACUGCCAGCAGAAAGCCAAGUGGUUGAGCCUAGGCAACCAAGAGGAGCGGAAGGAACGUCUCAGCCUUCAGCGGAACUCCAGCUCUCGGCUGGCUUGCAGGCGGCCUCGCUGAGGGAGAACAGGGGUUUCAGCGGGGUUUUUCGAGACCUGGUGGUGAAUACCCGGCAGAACCUGGAACAUGUCAGAAAGUCAAAAACAGGCUCGAAAGGUACAGUUGUAAGGCUAUUCGCGAACCAUUUCCGAGUGACAUCUCGUCCCCAAUGGGUCACGUAUCAGUACAACGUUGACUACAAGCCAGACAUAGAGGAUGGAAGUCUCCGUGCGGACUUACUGAAACAACAUGAAUCGUUACUUGGAAAGUGUCGUAUAUUUGAUGGAAACUCUUUAUUAUUACCUCGUGUGCUACGUAAACGAAAAAUGGAAGUGGUCAGCAAGUACAAAGAACAGCCUGUGAAGAUUACCAUCGAGUUCUCCAGAGAGCUCAUGCCCACCUCGCCAGAUUGCCUGCGCUAUUACAACAUUCUCUUUAGAAAAAUUUUGAAGUCGAUGGAAUUGAAACAGAUUGGUCGCAACUAUUACAAUAAAUGUGGAGCCACUCAGUUCUUGGAUCAUAGUCUGGAAGUCUGGCCUGGUUACUUCACGUCUAUUCUUGAAUAUGAAAACAGUAUUACCCUCUGUGCCGACGUGAGCCACAAACUGCUCCGAAUGGAAACUGCUUAUGAUGUAAUAAUGAGGAUUGUUGACACUCCCAGAGAGGGAGAUGUCAAACAGCGAGUUUCUAAAGCAUUAGUUGGCUUAAUCGUUCUCACCAAGCACAACAACAGAACCUACAGGGUGGAUGCUAUUAAUUGGGAGGAGACUCCUAAAGCUACAUUUAAAAAGUCAGAUGGCAACAGAAUCACCUUUGUGGACUACUACAGGCAGCAAUAUGACACACAGGUCACUGACUUAACUCAGCCACUUUUGAUCAGCAAGGGAAAAUGGAAGAAGAGCCAGCAGGACACACCCAAUGAACCUGUGCUGCUGGUCCCUGAGCUCUGCAGCCUGACAGGUCUAACGGAUGCCAUGCGUCAAGACUACAGAGUGAUGAGAGACCUGGCUCUUCACAUGAGGUUGGAUCCAGACAAAAGGCAGCACGAACUGCAAAAAUUCAUGAAUACUGUACAAAGAGAUAAGACUGCGCAAGAGGAGCUUCGACUCUGGGAUUUGAAAUUCGAUACCAACUUUUUGUCCUUCUCAGGAAGACUGCUGAAAGAAGUCAGAAUUUGCCAGGGAAGAAGAGUGUUUAACUCCCAUCCACUGUUUGCAGAAUGGUCAAAAGAAACAAGAAAGGGCCCCUUACUUAAGGUGAAGUCCCUGGAUGAUUGGCUAAUGCUUUACACUAAGAGAAAUUACGGGGCAGCCAUUUCGUUAAUGCAGUGUCUACGGAAAGUCACACCCACCAUGGGCAUAGCUAUGAGAGAUGCCAAAAUGCUUGAAGUCAAUGACACAGUCAAAUCCUAUAUAAAUGUCUUAGAAAAACACGCCUCAUCAAAGACACAGAUGGUCGUUUGCGUGCUGUCAAGUGACAGGAAAGAAAUGUAUGACGGCAUAAAGAAAUUCUUGUGCGUCAAUUACCCCAUUCCAAGCCAGUGUGUGGUGGCGCGGACCUUAGACAAACCCCAGACGCUGAUGACCAUUGCUACAAAGAUCGCCCAGCAGAUGAAUUGCAAGAUGGGAGGAGCCCUCUGGAAGGUGGAAACAGGAUUGCGGAAUACAAUGUUCAUCGGUAUCGAUUGUUUCCACGAUAUUGUAAAUCGACGGAAGUCAAUUGCAGGAUUUGUGUCGAGCGUCAAUGACGAAUUAACACAGUGGUUCUCUCAAUGUAUCUUCCAGGAAUCGGGGCAGGAGCUUGUGAAUGGGCUGAGGGACUGCUUGCAAGCUGCUCUGAAGCUCUGGCGUGAACAUAAUCUAUUUAUGCCACGUUCUGUUAUUGUGUAUCGGGAUGGCGUGGGAGAUGGUCAGCUUGAAGCAUUGAUUAAGUAUGAGAUACCACAGAUUUCAUCCUGCUUAGAAAGUAUUUUACAAACGAACGAUGUCAAACUAGCUGUCAUUGUGGUGAAGAAACGAAUCAACACCCGAUUUUUUGUUGAGUCUGAAGGAAAACUUCGAAAUCCACGUCCAGGAACAGUCGUUGAUGUAGAGUUGACCAGGAAGGAGUGGUACGAUUUUUUUAUUGUGAGUCAGUCUGUGAAAGAUGGUACUGUCACGCCUACUCAUUACAACGUCAUCCACGACACCGUUCGCUUGAGCCCAGAUACGGUCCAGGGGCUAACUUACAGACUAUGCCACAUGUAUUAUAAUUUGCCAGGUGUCAUCCGAGUUCCGGCUCCUUGCCACUACGCCCACAAACUGGCUUACCUCGUGGGCCAGAGUAUUCACCAAGAGCCACAUCACUCCCUGACAAACCGUCUCUUUUACCUUUGA